ACACAGAACAUUUGGUACCAAAGGACAUGAGCAAGUGAGUGUGUUUUUCUGAGUGCUUCUUUUUUUAAAAAAAUCUGGAUUUAUUAGGUUUCUCCCUGCAAAUACAGAGUCUUUGGAGUUUGAGGUUUUGUGAGGCAUUUCUAUCGCAUCGCUUCAUAACGACACUUCACAGACGAGCUUCUCUGUCGUUAUCGUCGACACCAAGUUUAGACGAAGCUUCUCCAGCUGCACCUCAGACAUGUCGACGGCGCGCGGUUCAGACUCCAGGGCGACGACAGGAGAGAGGAGCCGCGUUCAAAUCAAUCAGGUGCCGUUCACCACUGAAUUUAGCAGGAUGUUGCCCAGAAGCAGUCCACGCUUUGGUGCCUUGAGUCACCACUCAUUUUUCUCCCGGCACAACCCUCAUCCACACAGGGUGAGACAUAUCCAAGGUCUCAACGGCAGGCCAAUUUGCACGGUGAGGGACGACUGGUUUGUCACCUCCUCGUUAUUUCCUCAUCCCCUUCUCAAAAGCCACGACCUCGUGAAGGCAGCCGAGCCGCCUCUCGCCUUUCCGCCCGCUCAGAAUCUUUACCGAGUCGGCGGGAACCACAACAAAUCAGCACUUUUUUCAGAAGCCUGGAGGGAUGAACUUAAAGAGCUGGCUGCAAAAGUCCGUCUGUCACAAGAACCAAAGAGCAAACAAGAGCACCAGCCCGAGGAACAAUUUGUCCGUCGCAAGACUCAAUAUUCAGCCGCAACGGGGAGAAUCAUCCCCCCGUCCUCCAAGUCUUACCAGCGCAAAUCCCAUUCUCAGCGCCUGAAGUAUCCUCAGCCCUUCCAUGAUCAAGAACUCACGGUUUUGGAGUUGCUUUGCCAGAUCCUGCAAACAGACUCUCUGUCCACGGUGCAGCAGUGGCUUCUGCUCGCGGGCCAGAGAGAGAAAGACCUGGUGAUGGGGAUGAUCACACAAGCUCUGGACGGCGUCGACCUCUCCGGCCGUGAGCGGCAGAACUUCCAGACUCUACACCCUGGCGUUUUCCCGCCAGCGAAUGCUCCAUCAUUCGAGCAGUCGUGGGGAAAACCACCAAAAACCAGCUCGAACCAAAUGAAUCGAACUCUCAGCGAUGACAAACCAGAGAGGAUCGGUGAUGCAGAGGUCCUCGAAGUCCAUGCAGGAGCUCAGAAUCAUCGUCAAGAUCCUCCACUUGAGCACAGCAAGAGUGCAUAGAGUCCUCUUUUUUUUUUUUUUUCUACCAUGGGAAUAGCUGAAUUACAGCUCCCUUCUUUAUUGGGUGUUAUCUUUAGCAUGAUCUUAGAAAUACAAGUCAGUAUAAACAGAGAAGGGAGCCAAAUGAGCUCUUACGGGAAAUGUAACAAAUACACUGUGGACGAUGUUCGUACUUGUUCGUAAUAAUCAUCAAGUAAGGAAGUAUAAUUGCGUAGCUGUUGUUUGACUUUGAAUAAAACUAUGAACUAUGUUUUUAAUCUAAACAAAGUAAAACUGCAAAAUCUCUGGAAACAGUCUAAUUAGUUUCUCUCAUGGUGCUGUUGGAUCCUUUUAUACAGUUACAGUAUGUUAUAGUUAUAGUGAUGACACUUUUUCCAGACUCACUUUUUGUUUAAUCAAUGCUCCUCUGCUCUACCUCCACCAGUUACCAGAUAAAGUUGGAUUUUUUUUCUCAUUGUAUUUAUUUUUUCAUUUUUCUUUUCAUGGCCCCAUGAGACCACUUUAUGGACUGGUUUGCAUCCUGUUUCCUUAGCGUCAAAUAAAAACUAAAACGAAACUUAUCCAAUAAAUAAAUAAAUAAAUAAAUAAUCUGAAAUGACAGAAACCAUCAGUGAAAAAAAUAUUUGACUUAUAUUUUGGUGUUUUAGUUUGGCCCAAGUCCCAUCCACUAACGAGGAGCAGUUGGAGCUUGUGACCUAUACUGCAGCCGACCACCAGGGGGAGCUUUACUUGCUUUGGUUUCACUUUAGAGGAGCAGUUCCACCGUCCAUAUUUAAACUGUCUAUGGUUUAUCCACAUAUUUUAGCUGAUUACUAAAAGUCUAAGCACAUUUUUGUUCUGAUAAUCUCCAUGAUGAGGGGAAGGUACACAUUCUUGUUUCUUGCUUUUGUCUUCAAUUCACUGGACUAUGUGUCCAUUAAAAAUUAAAUAUUUGUGGAAGA